GUGUCUCCUGGUCACCUUAGGGAAAAGUACAGCUCGUGUGCUACAGUAUUUGUAGACAGCACUAUUUCUCAGUCUGAUUUGAAAAUCACCUUGCAGUGCCUGGCACUAGCAAUAUAUUACCACAUAAAGAAGAGAGAUGCAAAUAGAUCCAAGGACAUUUUUGAUGAGAGACUCCAUCCUGUCACAGAAGAAAAGGUUCCUGAGGAAUUCUUUCAUCAUAAUCCUGAUCCCGAAUCAAUUUACAGAUUUAUUCGACCUUUCUUCAUUGCCUUUAAGGCAACAGGAGGAUAUACCAUAACAACAUUGGUUUACAUAGAAAGACUUUUAUCUUAUGCUGAAAUCGACAUUUGCCCAUCUAACUGGAAACGCAUUGUUUUGGGAGCGAUUAUUCUGACAUACAAGUAUCUGCACGAUGAGGCUAUGUGGAAUUUUCACUUCUUCUCAUUGCUAAGGGGCAUUACAAUCAAGAACUUAAAUGAGUUGGAAAGGCAAUACCUAUGUCUACUGCGGUUUCGUCUGUAUGUUUCUACCAGUGUCUAUGCCCAAUACUAUUUUGACCUUCGGUCCUUAGCAAGUGACCAUGGAUUGUUGCCUAUUGCAUUGACUCCUCUUCAAAAAGAACGAGCACUGAACCUAGAGGCCAUUGCCAGAUAUUGUGAAAACAAAAACCUGUGCAGGGUGGCCAUAAAAAAAUCUGGCAGCUGUGCUAACCUUACUGAUGUGCAGCGUGCCCAUGCCAUCUUAUCUUAA